GUCAGUGCUUUACUUCUGAAUUCAUGUAUUUAUUAACUUGUUAUUGUUAUUAUAGAAAUUCAAAGUAUGGUUGAUUGAAUAAUAGAUUCCGCAUUUCGUCACUCUAAAUCGUGUCAUAUAUGACAUUUAAGGCACAAAGGGGAUUCAAAACUUCAGUGUAAAAAAACUAAGAGGUUGGUGAUGAAUGGAAUAAAAGUAUGAUUUUGGGGUGGAUUCAUAUUAUGCGACGUUCUAUAUUUAUGGUGGUUGAUGAUAUAGAAAUUUCAAACAAAUGUUUGACAACUUUUCUAUUUACUGAUACCUCCUGAGACUGAUUGCUAGACAAGAGUACAGGGAAACAAGAGUCAAAUGUUAAGAUUUCUUAGUCAGGAAACUCUCUCUGAAAUAUAUUUUGAUUUCUAUAUACAGCCGUAUGUAUUUUCGCUUAAGGUUGUGCGCUCAAGCGUUUAAUAUUUUUUUUAGACUUUUGAGGUCAUAUAAUGUCAAGUUUGCUAAAAGAUUGCAUUAAAUACUUUCACACGAAGAACUUAUAUGAAGUCUUAGGAGUGACUAAGAAGUGUGACAAAACUGAACGUAAAUAUACAAUAUGAAAUAUGUCAUCUUUUUAUAGUUCGCAAAGCUUUCUAUAAAUUGUCUUUACUUCAUCAUCCUGAUCGCCAUGACAGUGACUCAAAGUCAGAGGCGACAAAACGUUUCCAAGUACUGUCUAGAGUCUAUUCGUACAUGGAAGAUGACGAGAAACGUAAAGUCUAUGAUGAGACAGGUGUUAUCGAUGAAGACGAUGAGAUCACAGGCAAAUCAUAUGAUGAUUGGGUUAAAUACUGGCAACUUUUGUUUCCUAAAAUCACAACUGCACAAAUAGAUGACUAUUGUAAAAAGUAUAAAGGAAGUGAACAGGAAACGGAAGAUUUGAUCAAGAUCUACAAUCGUUCUAAAGGUGAUAUGGAUAUUAUAAUGGAGUCUUUAAUGCUCACGUCAUAUCGAGAUGAAAGUCGAGUUCGCGGUCUUAUUGAUAAAUUGAUAUCUAGUGGUAAAAUUGAUGCAUAUACGAAGUACACACAUGAAAGACCUGAGAAAGCAAAGAGAAGAGCUAAACGAGCACUAGAGGAAGAAAAGUUGUUUGCAAAGGAACAGAACAAUAAAAACAAAAAACAGAUAGUUGAUGUUAACGAAGAUUUGGAUACAUUAGCUAAGGCAAUUCAAGCACGACAUGAAAAUGCAUUAAAAUCAUCAGAAAACUUUCUGGAUAAGAUUGCACAGAAAUAUAGUUCAAAGCAACAGUCGCCAGCUAGGAAAAAGCCUACUAAGGUUUCAAAAACUUCGAAGAAAAAAAAAUAAUUACCAGCUUGAUCUAAGAAAAAUGUAUUUUU